GAUCAACAGGCUUCUCCUGGAGGUGUUCUUCUAGCUCUGAUUUCCCUAGGCUAACAUAAGUCUAUAUAAGUACAUUGGGGAGCUUUUGCUACUACUCGCUCCAUUAUAAUUUAUUUCUGAAGCUAGAUAGUACUUAUUCCUCUAUUGAGCAGCAUAGCGGAAAUGGCAACACCCUCCGCAGUACCCAAGAGACCUUCUUUCUCCACACUGCCCCUCAACGCCGAUGGCCCUCCCGGUAACGCUUGGGGGCUAUAUGGGCCAGGCGAUGCGCUCGGCGCGCUGAACAUGUUAACGCCAUCCGUGGUCGCCGCCGCCGCCAGAGAAGAGAUUCGCAGUGGCGAGCGUGUAUCUUUGGACUGGUCGCUCGACAAACCGUCAUACCCUAGCUUCGACCGACCGCGCUUUGGCUGGGAGCUGCGAAACAGGGCGCAUCCAAAUGGAGAGCCGAGGACAGUGAACGAUGAUGCGCUUAACUUCAAUACCCAAUGCAGCUCUCAGUGGGAUGGAUUUAGACAUUACGGAUAUCAGAAAGCCAAGAAAUACUAUGGUGGCCAUGUCCAACAGGAGCUAGUAGAUCCUAAUGUGAUUGGCAUCAAUGCCUGGGUCGAGAGAGGAGGAAUUGUAAGCAGAGGUGUCCUUUUGGACUAUGCAUCUUUCUGCUCGCGGCACUCUUUGCCCUUGUCCCCAUUCACAUCAUCCUCCAUCCCGCUCGCACAUUUGAAACAAAUGGCUUCCGAAGCGAAUCUCACGUUUCGAGAUGGUGACAUCCUUUUUGUCCGUUCGGGUUUUACCGAGGCCUAUGAACAGCUAAGUGUUUCUGAACAAAAAGCGAUCCCUGACCGCGAGUCGCCCGAUUUCCUUGGCGUGGAGCCCAGCGCAGAGGUCUUGCAAUGGAUAUGGGAGUCCGGAUUCGCAGCUGUCGCUGGUGACGCACCUAGCUUUGAAAGAGCACCCAUAGCAGGGCCUCAUACUGCAGUAGGCCAAGCCUGGAAAGGUGAAAGCUGGGAGGGCGAAAUGCAAGGAGGUGGUCUCUUACAUCAGUGGCUCCUGGGUGGCUGGGGCCUCCCCAUCGGGGAAAUGUUUGACCUGGAGGCAUUGUCAAAGAAAUGUCAAGAACUCGGGAGAUGGUCAUUUUUCGUCAGCAGUGUCCCGUUGAAGGUACCUGGUGGUGUGGCCAGUCCUCCCAAUGCAGUGGCAAUAUUUUAAAAGCAUGUCUACUAAAAUCACUUGCGACUUGCGAGGACUUACGUCGUAGAUCAUACCAUGGUGAACCGGCUCAGAUUCUGCGCUUCCCUGAUUACUUAUGAAAUGUAGCACAGUUUCUCAACGAAUUACUUAAAAACCUUCUGCCUUACCCAUACAGUUUGCAUUGCUCAAGCGGGAAGGUUAGGAAGUGUGAGGUUCAGACAACUUUUCAUUCAGAUAAGGUAUUAUAAGUAAGGUGGCUUUAUUAUAUCAAACAGAAUCU